AAAGAUUAUUUAUUCAUGUAGUCUGAGGAUCUCGGAUGACCACACUUGAGCAACGUCAACCAGCACAUUCAUAACUCGUUUUGAACAUCCUCCCUAUUACUAGUUCGACGUUCAAUGAGAAAAUGUACCAUAUUUGAAUUAAAUUAAAUUUAUGCCCAGCUGAAGUAAGAUUUUAUCUCGCUUUUGCAGAGAGGUGCUCUAUAGUAUAACGUCUGUAUGGCAGGAGUAUUUAAUUCAUCUUUCUAUCUAGUUCGACAUUUCGGUCAUUUUUGUAACAACAACAAUCCCCCACCCCUAAUCCCGUUUCCCUCCAUUUCCGUUCCAAUCCGAGUCAAGGUGGUCGGUGGAGGGAGAAGACAAGUCAAAACUCGUCAGUUCAGUUCAGUUGUCAGUUGACACUACCGGCCGGAUCCCUUCGCUACGCUACGCGCUACGCGAUCGUCCGGAUCAUCGCUAGUGAGCCCUGGGCACUGCUUCUCUUUCGCCCGAAGCAAGAACACUGCUGCUAUUUCUACUAGCCCGUCGUCCAGUGGGCUCCAGUUUCUAUGGGAGUUUCAACAACUGUGCAUGAAAGAGAAGCUUGAAGUAGUCAAAUUGGACAACUCGCAACACGUGUGGUUCUGCCGGUGUCCAGACGAGCCAGCAUUUUAGUGUGUGCCAGGAACUAUCGUGAGUGUCACUGUUGGUUGUCUCGCUUCUCAUCCAAAAGUUGAUUUUAGGAAGAAUCCGAGAAUGGGAAAGGAUAACGAAAGUGCUUCUAGUGGCGACGAAAGUGAGCACGAAAACAGUUCUGGUGAAAGUGAACGAGAAAAUCAUGAUGAAAAUGAAGUUGUAAACAGUGGAGAUGAUGAGCAUGUAGAUGAAGUGGAUGGCAGUGGGGACGAAGCUGAAGCCCCUGCCGAUCCUGCCUCAGUGGAAAAUCUAGAAGCAUCUUCACCAGAGCCUCCCACGGAAGCUCCAGUUGAGGCUGCAAAGAUCCCGGCUAGAAGAGGGAGAAAACCUAAAGCUGACAAGGUUCCAACAAAAUCUGCUGAAUCGGUUGCUGCUGAGGUUCCUGCGAAAAGGGGAAGAAAACCAAAGGUUGCCACAGUGAAUGAACCUGUUGAAGCCGAAGCAUCCUCAACAGGACGAACACUGAGGCCUUCGAAACAGGCUAAGGAAGUUGUUCCCACCCUGAAACCGAAGACUGCAGCAUCCAAGAAAAAACCUGAUCUCGUUGAGAGUAAUAAGAAAGAAAGUGAUGAUUCAGGGCCUGCAAAGAAACGUAAAGUUAAUCCAAAGAAGCCAGCGAAAACAUCUGAACUUACGGAAGAUGGGCAUCAAGCAGAGGCUACUGAAGAUGAUUUAGAAGAGAAAUCUAAGGAUGUCACUAAGAAAGCUACAAGAGGUAAAUCUCGCAAAGUAAUCAAGGAGCAAGACCCUGAGCCCGCAGGCUCAUCUAAAAAUGUCAAGCAGAAGUCUACAAAGAAAGUCAAUGAAAAGGAUGAGAGUAAUGAUAUUGUGCCUGUUAAGAAAUCAAGAGCUGUUAAGAAAGUAGAUGUUACUGAAAAGGCUGACGAUGAGGAUACUGUUGCCUCUUCGGAAGCUGGUUUGAUGAGAGGUUCUAAAGCAGCACCGAAAAAGACAGCCUCCAAGCCAGAUGGGGAAAAAACUGACUCUGCUCCAGCACCUGCCAAAAGAACCUACACCAGGAAGCCAAAAGUGAACCCUGAUGUGGAUGAAAUGCCAGCAGUAGAAGAGCCAAAGAAAAGAGGUAGACCUAAGAAAGUGCAAGCUGAAACUUCAGCAGAGUCCAACAAAACUUCUCAGAAUGGCAAAGUCACAGUAGCGAUUGAGCACUGCAAAUCUUGACAAGUGUUUAAACGCCGGGCUGAUGAAGUAGUAGAAAGGCUACGUCAGCGCUGGCCCACAAUUGAAGCAGUGUACAACCCCGAAAAACCCAGGAGAGGAGCUUUUGAGUUGGUGCUAAUUACGGAGGAUGGAUCUGAAGUUUUAAUUUGGAGUGGACUUAAGCGUGGACCUCCUCGUAAAGAAAAGUUUCCUAACUUGGAUUUGGUCCAAGAUCUACUGAACGAAGCUUUGAACAAUUGAUCAGUUUUCAAGUCGAAUGAAAUUUGGUUUACCUCUAAGUGUGGUCUCUCUCUAUGACGUGGAUUUGGUAAACUGCCUAUGGCACCCCAGUUUCGCUGAGCUCUUUUUGCAGACUAUAUUUGAAGGUAAAGCAAAUUUGAUUUUGUUUUGAACUACACUAGUAAUUGUCCUCCCAGUUUUAUUUACUUUUUAAAUUUAUUGUAUGUGUCAACUCCCGGUUACUUUUAUUUUUUAUUGUAUAUGGUUUUGUUUAAGCUGUGACACAAGAAUGCUUACUGUUCAGAGAUAGCUAACCCCAUUUGUCCUAAUUUGCUUAUCUCUUAAAUGUGAAAAUAUUAAAUUUUUAAGGAAUUAUA